AGAAUGUUCAGAGUUCAUGUUUAUAUUUUACCUAUAAUAAGUGAUCAAUGAUUAUAAUAUAUAGUAAUUACUAAUUAUCAGAAAAAACAAUACAUUAAACUAAUACACAGAAAGCAAUAGUAUACACGUAUAUAGUAUUUGUAACAAGUCAAAUAUAAUAAUUAUUUAUAAAAAUAAAUAUUAUAAAUGUGAAACGAAUCGUGCUCAUUGCGCCAUUUUACGUUGACCUACAAAUAAAAAUUAUGAAUUAAGGAUAAUUUGUUUUGAGAAACAGUGGUCGCGUAGCUGUGUGAAACGCGACUUGUUCCUACUCCGCGGCAGACAACGUAUUUAUAUAUAUAUAUAUACCAAUAAUAAUAUUGUCUACUUACCCCACCUUAAAAUUGACAAUCAGAGUAGUAUGUCAAAGUUUUGUUUUUUUUUUUUAAUUUUGUUUCCGUGUUACGUGUUUACUUAAAGAAAAUAUAAAUCUACUCGUCGGUACCGACGUACUCGCAAUGGCUGGUCAUAGAAAGGAAAAACAGGAAAAAGUUUUCUCAAAGAAAAGCCGUCCAUCAAAAAAACCCAGAACUCGAAAUCCUUGUAACUGUUUGUCAUAUGUAAUUUCAUUUUUUCGAUUUAUUUAUGACUUAAUUGUGUCAUUUGUAUUUCACUAUAUUUAUAAAAAUACUCCAUCACAAAUAUUGCCCCCAGUAGAAGAUCUAUUGGUUCUUGAUAGUUGUACAACUAUUGUCAAUAAAAUUAAAAAUAAGGAAGUUACAUGUCGCCAUGUUGUUGAAUGCUUCAUCAAACGAAUUGAACAAGUCAACCCGAUAUUAAAUGCUGUAGUUGAUACACGUUUUGACAAAGCAUUAGCUGAAGCUGAUGAGUAUGAUAAACUUAUUGAACUAGCUGAUACAGAAGAAAAAAUAAAUUUAAUUUUUGAUGGCAAACCUUUAUUUGGUAUUCCAUUUACAUCUAAAGAAAGUACAGGAGCAAAAGGAAUGGCUUUUACUUUUGGUUUGGUAUCUAGAACUGGAAUGAAAAGCAAUGAGGAUGCAGAAGUUGUUAAAUCAUUAAAGACUGCUGGUGCAAUACUCUUAGGCGUUACAAAUGUUCCAGAAAUAAACCUGUGGUGUGAAACUAGAAAUAAAGUUUACGGACAAACAAAUAAUCCUUACAACACAAAUCAUUCAGCUGGUGGUUCUUCUGGUGGAGAAGCUAGUAUAGUUUCAGCUUGUGGUAGUCCUUUGGGUCUUGGAACAGAUAUUGGAGGAUCUGCACGUAUACCAGCAUUUAAUUGUGGUUUAUUUGGACAUAAGUUGACUACGGGUUUUAUAAAUACAAAAGGUAUGACAUUUAGAAAAGGCACGGAAAAACAAACUAUGGUUAGUGCAGGACCUAUUACUAAAUAUGCUGAAGAUUUAACCCCAGUAAUUAAAGCUUUCCUUGGACCUGAAAAAUCUUUGGAAUUAAAAAUUGGCCAAGAAGUUGAUUUGUCUAGUUUAAAGUACUACUAUGUUGAUAAACCCAAUGAUGCACGAGUCAGUCCAAUUAGUGAUGAGUUACAAAUAGUUUUAGAUAAUGUUAUAGAGUCUAUAACUUCUAUCACUGAACUUCCUCCACUCAAAGUACAAUUUUCAGGAACUCGUUAUAGCUAUAGUUUGUGGAGACACGCUAUGACAAAGGAAGAAUCAGAUUUUUGUGCAACAUUAGGAAACAAUCAAACUAGAGUUUCUGUAUGGACAGAAGUUCCAAAAACAAUUGUAGGAAUUUCAAAUCAUUCCUUAGCUGCAGUAUUGAAAUUAAUAGAUUUGCAACUACCAAAAGUAAAUGCAGUUUGGGCUGAUGCUGAGAUUGAAAAACUUUCAAAUGAAGUAUCGACAUUGUUGGGUGAUGAUAGCGUGUUAUUUUUCCCUUCGUCUCCAACUACAGCAAAACAUCAUUAUGAACCAUUCUUGCAUCCAUACAAUUUUGCUUAUUGGGCUAUCUUCAACGUAUUAAAGCUACCAGUCACCCAAGUACCACUUGGUUUAGGUCUAAAUGGUUUACCAUUGGGAAUACAGGUGGUUGCUGGAAUGAAUCAAGAUCGGUUGUGUGUAGCUGUUGCAAAACAUUUGGAAUUAAAAUUCGGUGGAUGGAAACCUCCUUUUACAACAAAUACCGUAAUAAAUUAAAAUACUGUAGUAUACUAGUAAUAUAGUAUAUGCUGGGGAAUUUUUUAUUACAUUGUUUUUAUUUUUUGGUUAAAGGAAAUAUUUUUGAUAUAAUGUUAUACUUAUAAAUGCUAAUUUAGGUUACUAAUUGUGAUAUUUAUGUGGAAUAAUAGGUUUUGUUGUGAUUAUUUUAUUUAAGUUAAUUGUUUUAAUAUUAUAUUUAUUUUAUACCGUAUACAUUGAAUACAUUCCAAACAAUAAAUGUUGGACUUUUUCUUAUAAUAAUAUUAAUAAUUUUAACUGUAUAGUAAAACCUCUAUUUACAGACACCAUUCAUAAAUCAAGAAAUUCACAUGGAGUUUUUAAUUUUUUUACAGCAGAAAAUAUUUAUAUUUUAAUCUCUUAUUAGUGUUUGUCAUUAUGUACAAACAUAUCCAUAAAUUAUUUUUAUUUAUUUGUAGAGGUUUCACUGUUAAUAUCUAUAUGUGUGUCUGAAUAUAUUUUUGAAUAAGGGCCAAGGCUAUUACUACAAUACUGAAUACAUCACUAUAUUAUUUAACAUAAUCAUUAACCAUAGAAUGUUAUCUUAAUCUGAAUGUUUUUCAAGUUUUUUGCUCAUUUAAAACCUAUAAUACCAUAUGUAUUGGCAUUGGAUAUACUUGUAUAAAUUUAAUACAUUCAAUUACUUUUUACAAGGUAUUUUAAGACUGUUAACAAACUUAGUAUUUAUAAUGCAAUAAUAUAAUAUAUUAUUAUUUAGUAUUAAAAGCAAUAUUAUGUUGUUUAAAUUUAAA